CCAGCGUCGACUUCUUGUUCAGAAAUGGGCGGUGCCGUGUUGUUAAAGAGCCCUCGCCAUUAGCUCUCUCCUCCUCAGUUGCUUUGACUUACAAUCGCCAUAUUGGUGGCUCGGAUGACUUGGUGUUUUUUUUCUUUAGGGAUUACUACGAGACAGGAGUGACUUCUCCAGACCUCUGCACACUUUCAUGCGAUUGAAUGUUACUUCUGCAACACUGACUGCAUUGCUAUUUUUGCGAAUUGGGUUGGUUUGUUUGUUUGGCAUGCCUGCUCUGGUGCUUGUUUUUUUUUUUUUUUUUGUCUGAUCGGUUUUUACUCCAGGAAUAAUUGCGCGUUUGUGAUCUGAACUGUAAUCUCGACAGCAGCCAAUUUUGUUUGUUUUCGUGCCGAGGUUCAUGUGGCAAAAUGUCGGACGUGCGUCUUUCUAAUGGAAGUCCGCCGCUGGAGCGCGUGGACGCGAGACCGGAGGGACAUACCAAGCCGUCGGUGUGCAAGAACCUGUUCGGCUCGCCGGACGCGGAUGAAGUCAGACGAACGUAUCUGGACGAGUUGCAUGAGUCGGAAGAAGCGUACAAGGAAAAGUACAACUUCGACUUUGCGAAUGACACGCCGCUCGAGCCGGGCAGAUACGAGUGGGUGUCGGUGGACGCCAGAGACGCGCCCGAGGUUUACAGCAGGCCGCCGCGUGCCACCAAACGCCUGGAUCUAAACGGGAGGCAGUCGGACUGCGAACAAACGCCGAGCACGGCGAUGAAAAGACCUUCCACGGAGGACCCGGACUCCGAUUCUGCACAGCAGCGUAAAAGGGUGAAUCAUGGCGAGGAAGACAGCAGUCAAGACAGAGCAGAGCAGACCCCCAGAAAAUCAGAUGCCAGCACGUAAAACAUCAAAACCUGCAGGCAAAGAGAGAUGAAGAAUGUGCAUUUCUCCAUCAAAGAGCUUUAUGAAGUAAACAGGGACAACAGCAAACAAAAAAAAGAGCAUUUCCUUUUUUUAAGGAUGUGCAAGGCAGUAGAAGCACUGAUUUUUAUUUUUUUUUACACUAAAGUUUUGGCACUCAAAAAUGACAUUUGCCUCAUAAGCAGACAAUGUAGCAGUGUACAAAUGGUGUUUCCUUUUUGCUUUUGUCUUUACUACCUAUGUAUAUAAUUAUAUGUAGCAUAUUAAAAUAUAACAUUAUGAUGAGAAAUAUAUAGUUUGAAUGACUUGAAGAAUUGCUGUGCAGUUUUCAAAAUAACCCCAAAUAACCCUCCCAUCCUCCCAUAAAUAAAAAUGAUCAGCUUAAAUAAGGUGUCAAUAUUGGCUGGGUUUAAACAGUUACAAAUUGGAUCAUUUUUUCUAUUAUUCGCAACCUCCUUUAAAAGAGCUUGCUUAAAAAAAGUAGUUUACUGUUGAAAGGGACAUGGUGUCAAACCAACUGAGACACCAGUAAAUAUAUAUAUUUUUAUAUUGUUGUUACCACAGAAAUAUGAAUGGUACUUAAUUAUGUGAAGUUGAUUAAAAAAUAAAUAAAUCUGACAAAGUCACAACACAUUAAGGCAAGGAUAUUCUUUUUGUCCUAGGGUGUGGUUUUAUGGUUUUGACAGUGUUUUGCAGUAUUAUAAUAUCCCUGGGUAAUUCCACUAUCUUUACCCUUAGAUUAUCUAUUGAAAUUUGCUAAUGAAUGACAAAACCUACUGAGUAAAUAAUAAUUUAAAAAGGAAACUGAAAUUACCAGCAAAUUAUCUUCAGUUAUUUUUUUUUUAUGUAUUAUUUUUUUCCUGCGUUGCUGUGUAGCAGAUCUUUAGAUUAUAUUUUUUUAAACACUGGUUCAUUUUUUUCCCCCUCUCUUUAUAAAUUGUUAAAUCCAGUAAACCCAGUACUUUGCCAUAACACAUGGUAUUCAUGUUGAACAUGAUGGUCCACUAUCCCCAAAUAAAACAGAAACUAGACGUUACACUGCAUGUGUAAAAUUCUGAAGUGUACCUGUGUAUAGUGCUUUGUAAAAACACUGAGAAAAUUAUACUAACUUAUUUAUGUUAAGCUUUUUUUUGUUGUUGUUUGACUAUCCAAAGUGGCAUUUGUGUUUUUUAAACUACUUUUUUUUUUUUUUUUUUUUUUUACUGAAAAUUUUAUUUAAAAUUUUUUUUUUUGAAAGAAUUUGUGCAAGGUUGCAAACUGAGCCUAUAUUACAUUUUGAUGUGGAUUUUUGUAUUGCUUGUUUAAAGAGAUGAUUAAUA